UCGGAGGCAGAUUCGGCGCGAGCGGACGUGUUGCGCAUUGUCCCAAUUAUAUAACGUACAUACAUAUAUAUCUAUCUCUAUCUAUACGCGCGGACUUCUUGCAAAAGCAAUUUUCAGUGCGAGCCCUAAAGUGUCUCCGAAACCGUCCGGCUCUCUGUAUUUCGGUGAGGCAGUGCAGGCAUACAUGGAGUUCCAGUUAGACAGUGCAGAAUACUGCCAGGCACAACACAAAUAAAUUGCCAGUUAAAACCAUUUUAAAGGGGGAGGAAUUUGAUUUUUUUUGAACAAACGAGCAGCGCAAUAUUUGAGCUUUGCGGAAUUCAUACAAAUUAAAGAGUGAUAACAGAAUCCAUUAGAGGAGGAGUUCUUUGGAGGAAUUUCGCGGAGAAAGGAAAGGAUUACGAUUUCUAUUUGACUGUGUAAACGUGCAAUGAACAACAUGAGGCCGAAGGACAUCAGACCUGCUCCCGCCGAAAUUAAAUACAAAGGCUUUAACUUCCUGAUCACCGACAGACCAUCCGACCAGACCAUCACCACUUACAUUCAGGAACUGAAAAAACAUAGUGUAACUGCAGUUGUCAGAGUCUGCGAGCCAUCUUACAAAACCGAGGAACUAGGCGAGGCUGGCAUCUCCGUUUUUGAUCUGGAGUAUAACGACGGGACAUUCCCUCCCAACGAAAUCACCGAGGAGUGGUUUAAGAUUAUUAAGAAGCAGUUUCAUGACAACCCAGAGGCCUGUGUCGCCGUCCAUUGCGUCGCCGGACUGGGACGAGCCCCUGUCAUGGUCGCUCUGGCCUUAGUAGAAUUAGGCCUCAAGUACGAAGAAGCUGUCGAACUUAUAAGAGAGAAACGACGCGGAGCGAUCAAUUCUAAGCAGUUGGGUUACUUGCAAAAAUACCGUCCUAAAUCUAGGCUCAAGUUGAAGAAUGGACACAAGAACUCCUGCUGCAUCCAGUAAAGAGCGAAGAUGCAAACCUAUUCACCACCACGCCAGAACUCUACUCUCUAUAUAUUUAUAUAUAUACAUAUAAAAAAAUCUCCCACUGUAUAAGUGUACUGUCUAUCUCUUUGUGUAAUUUUAUGCCACUCAUUUCGAGAUGUCAUCAUUAAAUUUCCAAAAACACAAAUACUUCUGAAAGGAAAACAAAUCACACAUCCAAAAUAUAGUUAUUGUAUUCAUAACAUAAUAGAAAAAAAACAAGUAUGAAGCGAAAGGUGAAUAAUUAAAAAAAAAAGCAGAAAGAAUACAUCUAUUGUAUAUAUAUAUACACUCACAUGUAUAAUUCAUUCCUAUAUAAAUACACAAAAACAAAUGAUAAACAUGAUGUUGAAGAUAUAUAUAUGAAAACUUAAAUACUUUCAAUUUUAUCGAAUUUCUCUGUAGUUCUUGGUUUUCCUAUUUGUUCUCGUACGCUUUUCUUUCUAUUUUUUUUUAUUAUUUUUGAUUUGUGAGUUGAAAGUCGAGGAGACUUGAGAAAAAAAAACACAUAUAUUUUUUUAAACCACUGACAGGUAUUUAUUUAAUGAAAGAAUCUUAGGCAAU